GGGGGGUUAGGUGAGGGCUGUGUGGAGAGAGAGCAUGCCAGAAGAGGCGGAAGAGAAAUCUCUCUCUGUCCAUCCCUCUGUUCCGUUCCCGGCUUCAUUCUUGUGAGUCUGUCACUGUCCCGCCUGCUAUGCUGCCUCUGGAUCUAAAUCUGCUGGAUUACCGCUCUGUUUCUCCGCUCAUUAUUCCUGACGCCCGCUUUUCUACGGCAGGCAAAGUUGGGCAUCCAGAAACUAAAUGGUGACUGCCUGUAUAUUUUUAUGCUGUUUGAGCUUCAAAAAUAUUUUUAUAUGACAGAGAAAAGAGCUCUGUCUCUUUUUUGGGGGUUGUAUACUUACAGGAUAGGCUAGUGAUUUUGCAAUAUUGUGAACUUCGUUGUCUGGUGAUUUGGUCGUGAGGGACAAGAUGGGUGGGGAGGGGGGUUAGAAAUGUAAGAAAUGGCGAUAUCUUUACGUGUUUUUUUAUAGAACAGACAUUCUAACCUCAAUCACCCUUCUUUAUUUUGACUGACGAUGUGACCUUACUGGUCUUUGAUUUUGGGUGUUUUUUUAGUGUUGGUGUAUUUAUUUCUCAUCACACUGGAGUGUCAACAUUGGAUGUGUGACUGCAGUUGAACUUUCACCUUCUCCAGCUCUUUCCUUUUCCAGGGGGCUCUGAACCUAACCCCCAUAUCUGUAACACCGCGUAGACCCCCUCUCCCCCCUCUGGGGCUCUCCCUGGACCUUCCCAUCUCUCUCUGCUGCUUGAGGACAGAGAUAGCCCCACCAGGAGAGGGGCUGUUGGGUAAGAAGACACCCCCCUCCCAAACGUGAGAGGGGGGGAAGAUGGCAGCUCUCGCCAGCUCUCUCAUCAGACAGAAACGGGCGGUCAAGGACGACGGACAAAACCGACCUGUAGCCAACAAGAGGAAGCCCUGUCCCAAGAGCAACAAGUCUCUCUGCCAGAAACAGAUCCUAGUCCUUAUUUCUAAAGUACGGCUAUAUGGUCUGGAGAAGAGAGGAGGGGAUAGGGUCAAGCGGGCAGAGCCCCAGUUGAAAGGCAUCGUUACCAGGCUGUACAGUCAGCACGGAUACUACCUGCAGAUGCAGCCGGAUGGCACCAUGGACGGCACAAGGGACGAAGGCAGCUCCUUCUCACAGUUCAACUUGAUUCCUGUGGGUCUGAGGAUCGUGGCGAUCCAGGGGGCGAAGACAGGGCUCUACUUGGGCAUGAACAGCGAGGGGUACCUCUACACCUCUGAACACUUCACUCCAGAGUGUAAAUUCAAGGAGAGUGUGUUUGAGAACUACUACGUGACCUACUCCUCCAUGCUCUACCGCCAGAGCCAGUCGGGCCGCUCCUGGUAUAUCGGUAUCAACCGCGACGGACAGGUUAUGAAGGGCAACCGGGUGAAGAAGACCAAAGGAGCCGCACACUUCCUGCCUAAAGUUAUAGAAGUUGCCAUGUAUAAGGAACCAUCGCUACACGAGCUAGUCAACGAACAGAAAGAAAAAGACAAGGAAAAAGAGAAAGAAAAAGAGAAAGAAAGAGAUAAAGACAGCCCUUCCCGGAAGACAGUGAAGAUGUCAGAAGAACAUCACGAAAUAACAUUCUCCAUCAAGAACUGCAGGAAAGAGAAAAAAGCCCCCAAGGCUGACGCCUCGUAGCAUAGGGGACCUAGGGGAGGGGAAGAGCAGCAGUGACACUGACAACUCAAUGGGGACUCAAUCACCGAUCAUGCACUUGGGCUGGCUGGAGGAUUGGCCCUCAUAGGCCCCCUUUACCAGAAGUGCACUGGGCUGCACCAUGCUGAAGGGUCAGGGGUCAACAGCUCACCAGUUCUGGUUCUGGGAGGGAUUCCUCUCACCUGUCACCAGAAAGAGAGAUGGACCAGGGCCCGAGUAAGCAUCACCACCCUUCCUUCUUGUCAAUCACCUCUAUCCCUCCUCCUCUAUUACACUCACUACCAAAAGCACAGCCUGUGUCAUAUCUCUGUAAUUGAUCUACUGCCCUCCAUCACCUGUCUCAAUUUUCAGAAAUCACCUGCCCUCGCCCACACACAGUAAUUUCUAAUCAGUGUAUUUUGAUGUAUGUGCGUGCGAUUGUGUGUGUGUAUGUUUGAGAAAAAGUGUGUAACACUAAUCACUUUAUGUAAUGGCAAUCACCAUCUGCCCACCUGCAAAUCAAACACUCCACAGCUGGACGUGGGCCAUCAAAAUUAUGUUUUAUUGGACAACAUCAGGGGGAUCUAUUGAUAUUUGAUAGUAGGGCUGUCUGUUGAACUGCAGUCAGCCAAUCAAUUUCAAAAAGGCCAAAUUUUCUGGUGAAAGAGAAAAGUCAAGCAAGCUCUUUUGGGAUCAGAGAUAUUUACAGGCUACAGGCUAACUUUUUCAGUGAGCAGCCUUUUCUAUCUCACUCUUUCAUAGUCCAUUUCUCCUUUGAUCAAUCACAAUGAGGAAGGUAAUGGAGGGAACUGAAGAAGUUUAUAAUAUUAAAUCAUGAGGAUGAUGGAAAGGAUGAUAAUGAGGACAAUGAUAAUGAUGAUGAUAAUGAUGAUGACAAUUAUGAUGGUUACGGUGAUUAUGGUGAUAAUAAUGAUUCAACUACUGUAUAUCUUUGCAAUAAGCUCACAGACAAAAUAAGGAGACAGACAUUUCAGGGUAUUCCAAUAUCUGAAGCUGAUAGCCAUUUGCCCUUCGGGAGCCAUGAAAGCACCAAGUCCAAAUGACUAUUAGAACCCUGACUGGUACAUGACUGCUAUGUGUGGCCCACAUAACAGUAGCCUGACUGGUACAUGACUGCCAUGUGUGGCCCACAUAACAGUAGCCUGACUGGUACAUGACUGCCAUGUGUGGCCCACAUAACAGUAGCCUGACUGGUACAUGACUGCCAUGUGUGGCCCACAUAACAGUAGCCUGACUGGUACAUGACUGCCAUGUGUGGCCCACAUAACAGUAGCCUGACUGGUACAUGACUGCCAUGUGUGGCCCACAUAACAGUAGCCUGACUGGUACAUGACUGCCAUGUGUGGCCCACAUAACAGUAGCCUGACUGGUACAUGACUGCCAUGUGUGGCCCACAUAACAGUAGCCUGACUGGUACAUGACUGCCAUGUGUGGCCCACAUAACAGUAGCCUGACAGAGAUGAUUUCAGAUUGGGCUCAGCAGGCUGACUCUGAGCAUGUGACAGAGUGAUGGAGCUAAAUGCCCUCUAUCCCCAAAAUGAGGCUAUAUUGUUAUGACGCAACUCUUUGAAGGUUCUUUCCAGGGGAUUUUAUGGAAUACAGCCAUAAUUGCUUAAAUUAUUAGCUUAAAUUUAUGUAAAAUGUUUUAACAUGGUUUGUACAGGUUUGAGUCUCCGUCAGAGCUGGGCUGUGUUAAAAAAGAAACAGUCAGCAUUUUAUACAAGUGAGUGAGAUAGUGACAGGGGUUAUGAAUGUUCAUGCUUAAAAAACUCCCAAUUGCCAGUCUCCCUAACUCACCUUGUGGUGCUCAUAAUUCACUAAACUAUUUCAGAUAAGGAUUGGACCUAAAGAAGUGUUACUGCUAGAUCUGAUUAAAUUCUCUGUCACCUGAAAGAUAGUGCUAGUGACCGCUGAGUGUAUCCUUUGCUUGGCAACUGUUGUCGACAUAAAGCAGAGUUUAAAGCUAACAUCAAAGCCUGAGGAGGCUCUGAGCUGGAGCACACAGAUAUAUGAGACUUUCUGAUAGUCUGGAUGAGUUUUUAUAAGACACAGCUGGAGCACCUACUUGCUAUUCUAAAGACAUCUCACUGCUUAUCCACUCACCAGAGUUAUCAAAUCACCACAGAGGAAUCUACUCGCAAAUAUGGAUGUCUUUGUGUGCGUGGCUGUUUGUGAUUGUGUUCUUCUCCCAGUGUAUGGAUGUUUGUGGGAAUAUGUGAGUUUAUUUCGGGAGUGCAUAGUGUGUGUGUCCGUGUUUGUGCAAGUGUGUGUUUCUAUGUGUUGAGUGGGAGGUGACUUCUACAAUGUCCUUCAUACUGGACAAGUGGCACUGUGAGGGGUGUCUUAGUGAUGUCCUUCUCUGAGGAGAUUACAUUUGGGUGACAAGUGGCCACCUUUCAAACACAGCACUGCCACUGCAUUGUUAUUGGCCUGAGAGUGCUGCAGAUAGCAAUGGGCAAUAACAUCUGAAACAAAUCAUGGACAUAACAGUACAACAUACACAGGAACAUCCUGGUGUACAGAAGGCUGCUUUUCUAAGCAUGGGGAUGUGUGCAGUAAAAUGCCCAAAGGCAUUGAUGCGUAGCUUGUUCCUGCCAUGGCGGCUGUGCUGUCAGAGUGAGAUAGCAGGGGUGCUCUGUGUGACCAGCUCCUGUCCUGUCUAGUGGGUCACUGAGAGGGGAUGGCAACACAAGUGAGCUUGUAGUCCCUUAGAGAGCUCCGCUAUAAGAAAAACGCAAUAGCAGUGGACUACUUGUAAAUAUGUUACACAACAUUACAGAAGAUGAGGAAAAAACACAGAGAGGGAGAAUACAUAAUGAGAAUGUUACAUGUUCCCAAAAUGUGCAGAAUGUGGGAAGGAUGUUUUUGGCAUGUUAUUGAGGAUGAGAGUAUGUCUGAGAUGGUCUAGAGAAUGUUCUAAGAGGGUAUGAGUAUGUAGGCAGUUGUUGAGAUACAGUCAUGUUUUAAAUUAUCAAGCCUGUUUUUGGGGAUGUAGAUUAUCUGAGAAGAUUUUUUGGUUAGACUUAAUAUUAGGGAAUGAGGGUUCCUUGCUGAGUUCUAAUGUAUGAGGAGGAAACUUCACUAGUUCUGAGAUAGAAUGUAAGGCAGAGAAAGUUAGCAAGUUCUGAGAAAGAAUGUGAGGCAGAGAAGGUUUACUAUGAGAAAGAGGAAGUCAAUGAGAGUCAAAUUAAGUUCAAUAGUUUUGAAAUAGAAUGUGAGGCAGAGAAAGAGGAAGUCACUUAGUAUCAAAGGAAUUUCAAUAGUUCUGAGAUAGAAUGUGAGGCAGAGAAAGUUCUAAGAAAUAAUGUGAGGCAGAUAAAGUUCUGAGAUAGAAUGUGAGACAGAGAAAGUGCACUAGUUCUGAGAAAGAAAGUAAGACAAAGGAAGUUCAAUUGUUCUGAGAUAGAAUGUGAGGCAGAUAAAGUUUACUAUCAGAAAGAGGAAGUCAAUGAGAGUCAAAGAAAGUUAAAUCGUUUUUAAAUACAAUGUGAGGCAGAAAAAGUUAACACGUUUUGUGAUAGAAAGUGAAGCAGAGAAAGAGGAAGUCACUUAGAGCCAAAGGAAGUUAAAUAGUUCUGAGAUAGAAUGUGAUGCAGAGAAAGUUCACUAGUUCUGAAAAAGAAUGUUGGACAGAGAAAGUUCUAAGAAAUAAUGUGAGGCAGAGAAAGUUCUGAGAUAGAAUGUAAGGCAAAGAAAGUUCACUAUUUCUGAGAAAGAAUGUGAAACAGAGGUUCACUAGUUCUGAAAUAGAAUGUAAGGCAGAGAAAGUUCACUAGUUCUGAGAAAGAAUGUGAGGCAGAGAAAGUUAUGAGAUAGAAUGUGAGGCAGAGAAAGUUCACUAGUUCUGAGAAAGAAUGUGAGGCAGAGAAAGUUAUGAGAUAGAAUGUGAGGCAGAGAAAGUUCACUAGUUCUGAGAAAGAAUGUGAGGCAGAGAAUGUUAUGAGAUAGAAUGUGAGGCAGAGAAAGUUUACUAGUUCUGAGAAACAAUGUGAGGCAGAGAAAGUUCACUAGUUUUGAGGUAGAAUGUGAGACAAAGUGGUUCACUAGUUCUGGAAUAGAAUGUGAGGCAAAGUUCACUAGUUGAAUGUGAGGCAGUGAAAGUUCACUAGUUCUGAUAUUAAAAGUUAUAUUAAAUGUGAAGCAGGACUCUUUGGUUCUGAUAUUGAGAGUACGCCAGAGAGAUCUUUACCUGGUUGAGGGAGAAAUAAUGUAUUGGCUAUCAUAAAGUAAGGCAAAGAGAGCUCUUUUCUUAAUUAGAGCAGAAUUUAAGGCAGAGCAGGUCCCACGAGGGGAGGGGGAGGGGUAGUGAUGUUGAGAAUACAAAGACGGAUGUGGUUCACACACGCCCGCUCAUGUCCGCUUUGAAGUCACAUUCCAUUUCCUGCCCAAUCUCCCCAAACAGUGUCCUAUAAGUCUACUGCCCAUUAACCUUCCCUCUACACACUGUGUGCUUGUAUGUGUGUGUGCGUUCGUUUGCACAUGUGUGUCUGUGUGGGUGUGUGAAAGAGUGACUGAGUG